UUAUGGUUCUUUCUUUCACUUAUUGUUUCUGGAUUUCCAACCAUUUCCAAAGCUUGCUUGUUGGAUGGACUGCAGUUUUUGAGGUUUUGUGAAUCUUAUUCGAUAACGUACAUAAAGAAAAUACGCUUAAAACUUGUUAAAAGUUUCAAGAAAUAGUUAAACACAGGCAAAGUCUUGUAAGAACACAUCAAGUCGGCGUCCACUGACAGCUGUGAACACCUCAUCUAUGUAAAGAAAUUUGCUUGUGGAGAGGUUAGCUGGGUGUGGUGUUAAGAUAGAAGAAAGAAAAACAAAAAUCAUUUUUUUGUGAGAAAAAGUUUAUGACCAUAUUGUGGUCAUAAACUGUGAAGUGUAGUGCAGCAAGAUGGAGCUGCCCGACUGCCCCCCGGGGGCAGAGGGCUAUCAAGAUACUGUUAUUGAAGUACCAAAAAAACCCGAUAUGGAUGAAACUGAGUGUACAAAGGCGGAGCAAGAGUUUCAAGCGCACCUGAACAGUUUGAAGGUGAAGGUUGAAGAUGGAAGCAUCAGGUGCAUGGUGGAGAGACGCGGGCGCGACGUGUCUCACAACUGGAUCUACUUGUGCUACCCCUGCGCCGCCGUCUGCUGUGGAGAGAACAUACUACAGAUGCAUAUAUCGGGAAAGAAGCACAAAACCAAGCUAUCUAUUAAGAGUGUUUGGCCACCUAGCAUUUUCGAUAAUCAUCCUUACAUACUCAAAGAAAAGGGGAUAAUCAAGACUGGAGCUGCAACACAGAAGCUCAAUCUGAAGAUGGCGGAAGAAGUUUUUCUUCAUCAAAACUUGGAAAUGGAUAUGAAAUAUCAAAAAUACAGAGUCACUUGUCACAUUCAGGAGACAUUGGAUCAAGUCAAGGCGCCGCUAUUGGGCACGGAGUACCUGGUGGAGCACCCGCCUGAAGGGGACAACCAGGAGCCCUCGUACCUGUGCACACUGUGCUCCAAGCAGGGCCACCAGCGCACCAUAGUCAACCACAUGACAUGCUACCAUCAUCGCUGCAAUUUUUUUUCUCGUCACUUCUACAAGGCGUCAAAGCUGCUAGCACCGCACCGACGUCGGCUGAACGCACGUGUGGGCGUCAUGACCGUUGUGAACAGACUGGCGCAGCGCAUAGAGGACAAGUACGGCCGCCUCAAGCCUGUCAACAUCGACAAGGAGGAGUUUGAUAGAGACAAGGAAGCGAUAAUCCAAUGGAUUUUCAAAGGAUACCACUUUUCCGAAGACCUUGGACACACUUUUGAAGAAGUUGUGGACGAGGAGUUGAUUAAAUCGCUUACUGAAUCCACUAAGGAAAAAAGAGAAGAAAGAAAUCCAUCUCCGCCCGUGGUGACUGCGCCUGCUCCUGCUCGACCUCGGACCACAUCAACUAAUACUGGUCUGGAGCGCAUCGGGUCUGUGGAGUCGUUGUCCGAUGUCAGUGAUGAGGAGUUGCAGCGCGACGGACAAACAAUCAACAAAGAAAAGAAAGAACAAGACCAGUGCCCGAACAACCGUGGCCAGUUUCGCUCACGUUAUGUCGUUAAAAAUGCCCCAGAUAAUAAAGCGAAGCCGUAUCAGAAAAACUACAAAAUGGUCCUACUGUAUGAGAAGAAGCGAUUAGCUAUAGAUGCGGCCAAAGAGACGCUCGCCUACCACGAGAAGAACCCCGAGAAGCAUCCGCUGUACCCUGAGGAGUGGAAAAAGUUCUGGAACAAGCGCUACAAGGAAGUACAAGCCGAGGGCAAAGAUCCAUCGAAACACGAUUUCAAAUCGGAAUGGAUACCGUUUUGGACGUCGCGUAUGAAAGAGUUACACGACGAGGAACUGCGGAUUAAUAUCGCGGAGCUGUACCGGAAGAUGGGCGUACCGCUACCGGAGUCGGAGCUGACUAGCCAAGCCAAGCACCUACCAGAAGUAGGACCAUCCGAUGGGAGACGCUCGCCCAGCUCCAGACCACGUCCCAGAUCCCACAGCCGCUCGCCUCACAAGAACAAACCGUUCGGCCCGAGGAGGAGGUCUCCUAUCCUCAGGAGGCGAUCACCAGACCCGAGGAGGAGGUCCCCUAUCCCUAGAAGACGAACUCCAGACUUUAGAAGGAGAUCUCCCGAUAUGAGAAGACGCUCUCCAGAUAUGAAGAGGAGGUCGCCUUACCUGAGGAGGCGGUCGCCCGAUGGAUACGAUGGCCCGCCCUCACCUAAACGCAAGUCGCCGUAUUCCAGAUACAGGAGUCCGACCAGCUAUCGCAGAGAUAGAGGAUCCCCAAUAAUGCGACGUCGCACACCGGAGCACCAUCACAGUCCGGGCCGCUCGAGGAGCCCUUAUAAAAGGAGGUUAGAAUCGCCCGGAACGUACAGCAGAGAAGGGGGGCGUCGCAACGUGAGCCCGCUGUCGCAGCGCGUGGAGCAUCGCAACCUCAGUCCCAGGACGCACGCCGCGCACACAGCGCAAACUGCUCCCUCCCUGCAGACCGUGCUCAUCUCCGACGAGGAGCUCAGGCCUGACGACGGACUUUCACCCUGGAACUCUGACAACGACAUCGAUUCGGUGGACUCUAUAAUAGAGAGACGUUCGCAUAGCGCCAGCGUGGCGUCGCGUUCGUCACGCAGCGCGCACGGCCCGCACGGCGGGCACGCCUCGCACAUGGGGCACGGACCCCACGUGGGGUACGGCGCGCGCCCCGCCUCCGGGGCAAAGCCGCCCGCGCCGCAAGAUUUCGGACCCACCGACAACGUGAUCGCCACGCUGCGCCUACUCGUUGCGCUCGAGGACUACCUCGGCAGUCUCGGACCCAAGGUCGUGGACCUCCUCACCGAAGCUCUCAAGAUGGAAAAGGAAAAGGCGAACUCGUCGGAGGAGCUGCUGGAGCGCGAGGGCGCGGUGGCGCUGCUGGAGACGGCAAAGGAGAAGCUGAAGGGCGCGGCGCAGGCGGGGCUGGUGACGGGCAGUGCGGCCGCAGCCGUGCGCGCCACCGUCGUGCGCCUCGCCGCCGCACUGCACGAGGCCGACAAGCGCAACCGCGACCGCGACACCAACGUCACCACCGGCCGCAAAAAGAGUGGAGGCGGUGUGGAGUCGAAGUGCGCAGGUGGGGGCGCGGUAUCGGUGGCGGGCGUGGGCGCGGUGGACCGCGCGGAGAUCGCGGCGCAGAUGGCGGCCGCGCUGGUGGCGGAGGGCCGCACCGACGUCUCGCCGGAGGAGCUUGAGCAACUCAUCGACGCUGUUGUCGGAAUGGCAGAAGCAAAGAAACGAGAAAGCGAAGCAAAGAAAAAAAAUCAAUUAGCAUCGGAGAGCGCACCGAGUGCGACCCGCGCCGGCACCACCAGCGCGCUGCAGAUGCUUCAGUCCGCAUACGAUGACCCGAAUGCCCCGCCGCCUAAAGAUGAUGCAUCGGAUGCAAUGGACGGCCUGUCUGACUCGGACCUGGAGACGCUGCUGAAGAACUUCAACGAGCUGUCGGCGGAGGAGCAGCACAGCCUGAUCGCGUACCUGAAGAAGCUGGAGGUGCGCGCGCCGCAGCGCGUCGAGAAGCUGCGCCGGUUUGUGAGCGCGGCCGCCGCCAGCGCCUCCGACCACACCCACGACCGCGACCACGCCCACGCCCACGCCCGCCCACACAACCACGACACGGACCUCGUCACCAUACAGAGUGAUGACGACGACUACACUGUCGAAGAAGUAUUUAAAUCCGCAACCCAAAAAGUAAAAGAGAACCAAAUCCAACAGGAAAUGGAAAUUGUGAAAAAAUCUUUGGAAGAAACAAAAACUCUUGUAGAGCCAGCCGUUACAACGGAACCUAGUGCCGCGUCGCCGGCGCCCAGCGUUAGCACUGCAUUGAAUAUAUCCUCAGCCGCCGACCUGUUUGCUUUAGUGCAUGCCUCGAUACAAUCCACAUCGCUAUCCAAACCUGCCGAAGUCAACCAGACCGCUGAGGUCGCCACCAACAACCAACCGAGAUCUUUUGGAGACAUGCCCGAACCACCAACUGUUAAAAUUGAUCCAAUCAAACCUGUCAUGAAUCUUCCACCGCAUAUUACAUCUGAUUUUCAAAAUCGGAAAUCUCCUAACAAUUAUCAAGGAAGGACAAGUUCCCCUCAGAGCCAAGUAAGCUUUGGAACUAAUGACUCCAAUGAAGCUUACAAUGAUAUGCAAGUUCAGAACAGUCAGUCCUUGAAAACAGACAAUAUGCAAACUAUAGUUAACAAUACGCAGAAUAUGAUACAGAAUAGACCACCUUACGCGGGAGAUAAUAUGCAGGCACCCUACGUUGAUAAUAGACAGUUCUCAACAAACGAUAGUUAUCAGCCAUUAACUGGUGAAAGUAUACAGCCGCUGAUGGGAAAUAAUAUACCGCCUGCGAUGGCCGAUUAUAGGCAACCAGCAGACGGUAGGGAUACUUUCAUGAGUGACAACAGGCAGCCCGUUCUAGGUAAUAGGCCGCCAUUAAUGGCUGACAAUAGACAGACUUUUCAAUCAGGGCAGUCUUUUAUAGGAGAGUAUGGACAGACUCCAAUAGAAGAUAAUAUGCAGCCCACAAAUGUCAAUAUUAGGCCACCAAUAAUGGAAGACAAUAGGCAACCAUUAUAUGGAGAUAACAGACAGCCAUUAAUGAACGAUAACAGACAAGGGGACGGCAGGCAGUUUUCAGUGGAAAACAUUAGACAGCCCGUGCCUACCGGGAAUAGGGUCCAAAUACCACCAUUACUAGGAACCAACAUACAAUCUCCGUUUGGAGACAACAAUCAGCUUCUAGCGGAUAACAGACAGUCGAUGUCCGAUAACAGAUGGCCCGCGCAGCCAGAUAAUAAUACUCAGUCUUUUGUGCCGAACGAUCAGAUGCAAACGGGUUACGACAAUUUUAACCAGAAUCGUUCCUUUAAUCAAAGAGGGCGAGGUAAUUUUAGAAACAACUACAAUGCACAAGAUAUGAAUCAACAGCAUUACAAUAACUACCAGAAAAACCCAAAUACAAACUUCAGAGGAAGGGGUCGUGGCUUCCAGGGUGGGGGGCGUGGCUUCCAAGGAGGAGGGCGCGGCUUUCAGGGAGGGGGACGGGGACGCGGCAGGGGAGGAAUGCAAUAACAGUAUUUUUAUUAGGUUGCAAUAAUUUACGCCUUAUGUUGUGUUUAUGAAUUGUGUUUUAAUUACAGCUUUUAAAUAAAGUAUAAUUUAA